AUGGCCUCCAGCGAGGCUGGUUUCCCCAUGUCCGACGCCCCCUCACGGGCGGCGUCGACCCCCAGGGCCAUGGGUUUCCCCUCUUCGUCUUCGGCCAGACCUCGCGGCCCCCCAUCUGAGAGCAUCGGUGCUGCCAGUGAUAUUGAUGAGGAUGGAUUCGCAGAUGAUCAGGUCCCCCACAGUUCGCGACGGCCAGAUGCAGCAAAUGUGCCGCUUGUCGAGGAUCGCAUCGGCAAGAUGGUGCAGGACAACUUUCAGCAAUUUCUUGAGAACUACACAGAGGAUCCCAACAUGUCGGGCGCCCCCGCCUCCAGCGCCGUCACCACAGACAAGUACUACGUGGCCCAGAUCAAGGGCAUGCGCACAUACCAAUUGUCGACGCUGUAUGUCGACUUCCAGCACGUCAACUCUUACCAGAACGGCAGCUUGGCCGACGCCAUCGUGAGCCAGUACUACCGCUUCAUGCCCUUCCUGACGACGGCCCUGCACAACAUGAUUGCCAAGUUCGAGCCGCAGUACUUUCGCGAGCACCGUCAGCCCAACUCGGCCAGCAACCUGACGACGUCGGCCGCCAGCCACAUGGGCUCCGGCAGCCAGACGGACCCGACUUCAGUGUCGUCGUCGCAGCGGAGGGGCGACCGCCAGCAUACUGACAGGCUCUUCUCCAUCGCCUUCUACAACCUUCCGCUGGUUAAUCGCGUGCGCGCCCUGCGGUCCGCCAAUAUCGGCCAGCUGCUGUCGAUAUCGGGAACGGUGACGCGCACGUCCGAGGUGCGGCCCGAGCUGUCCCUCGCCACCUUCAACUGCGAGGCCUGCCGCACCGUCGUACCCAACGUCGAACAGACAUUCCGCUACACCGAGCCGACGCAAUGCCCCAACGCGACGUGCCAGAACCGCGUGUCGUGGCGCCUCGACAUCCGCCACAGCACCUUUGUCGACUGGCAGAAGGUGCGCAUCCAGGAGAACAGCUCCGAGAUCCCCACGGGCAGCAUGCCCCGCACUAUGGACGUCAUCCUGCGCGGCGAGAUUGUCGACCGCGCCAAAGCCGGUGAGAAAUGCGUCUUCACGGGCGCUCUCAUCGUCGUCCCCGACGUCAGCCAGCUGGGUCUGCCCGGAAUGAAGCCCUCGUCUAUCCGCGAUGACCGGGACGGUGGACGUGGCGACGACGCGGGCGGCAGCGGUAUCACGGGUCUGAAAGCCCUAGGUGUGCGCGAUCUCACUUAUCGCCUCGCCUUCCUUGCCUGUAUGGUGACUCCCGACACGACGUCGUCGGGCCAGUCGGCGGCCAACAGCGCGGCAGACAUUGUCAAUGCCAUGACGCACAACAACGCGGCCGAAACGGAGCAGUCGGUGGAGGAAGCGCAGGCAGCGGUGCUGGCGUCGAUGAACCCGUCCGAGAUUGAGGAGCUGCGAGAUAUGGUGCACGCCGAGGGCAUCUACUCGCGGCUGGUCAACUCGAUGGCGCCCAUGGUGUACGGGCACGAGUACGUCAAGAAGGGUCUGCUGCUGCAGCUCGUGUCUGGCGUGCACAAGUCGACGGCCGAGGGCAUGCAGCUGCGCGGCGAUAUCAACAUCUGCAUCGUGGGCGACCCGUCGACAUCCAAGUCGCAGUUUCUCAAGUACGUGUGCUCGUUUGCGCCCCGGGCCGUGUACACGAGCGGCAAGGCAUCGUCGGCGGCCGGUCUGACGGCGGCCGUGGUCAAGGACGAGGAGACGGGCGAGUUCACGAUUGAGGCAGGAGCGCUGAUGCUGGCAGAUAAUGGCGUGUGCGCCAUUGACGAAUUCGACAAGAUGGACAUAGCCGACCAGGUGGCAAUCCACGAGGCCAUGGAGCAGCAGACCAUCUCGAUCGCCAAGGCAGGCAUCCACGCGACGCUCAACGCGCGGACGUCGAUCCUGGCCGCCGCCAACCCGGUGGGCGGUCGAUACAAUCGCAAGACGACGCUUCGCGCCAACAUCAACAUGUCGGCGCCCAUCAUGUCGCGCUUCGACCUCUUCUUCGUCGUGUUGGACGAGUGCAACGAGCAGGUGGACCGACACUUGGCCGAGCACAUCGUGGCCAUCCACCAGCUGCGCGACGAGGCGGUGGAGCCCGAGUUCAGCACGGAGCAGCUGCAGCGGUAUAUCCGCUUCGCCAAGACGUUCCGGCCCGAGUUCACGCCCGAGGCCAAGGACCUCCUCGUCCAGCGGUACAAGGAGCUCCGCGCCGACGACAGCCAGGGCGGCGUGGGCAAGAACUCGUACCGCAUCACGGUCCGCCAGCUCGAGUCCAUGAUCCGUCUGUCCGAGGCCAUCGCCAAGGUCAACUGCACCGAAGACAUCACGCCCGACAUGGUCAACGAGGCUUACACCCUCCUCAGGUCGAGCAUCAUCUCGAUGGUCAACGCCUUUGUCCAGCGCAUCAACGACGACGAGGCCGGCACAGGAGAUGGCGUCAACGGCCAGGUCCUGGUAGACUGGUACCUUGAGCAGAAUGAGGAUCAGCUCGACGGCGAGGAAGAUUACCAUCUGGAGAAGGCUCUUGCCAAUAUGGUUUUGAAGAAGAUGGUCAAGGAAAACAUUCUCAUGGCUCUCCGUGGCGAAGGUCUCACAGAUGGCGAUCAACCGAGUACAUCUGCCUCUUCGACUUCUCAAGUCGUCUUCGUGCUCCAUCCCAACUGCGCAGUUGAGGAAUUCUAA